UUUGUUCUUGGGCAGCAGCAGGGCUGGCUGAGGCUGCCGCAUUUCUCCCCAAGGAAGUGUCUCCCGCUCUUUCCCUGUUUGUCUGUUUCUCACACACUUCCUCUUCUGUUCUGCAACUUCCAGCCUCACCUUCUAACUUGUACAUCCAGCUAUUUGUUUCAGAGCCAGCUCUCUCUCCUGUCCCCUGGAACCUUCUUGUGUAGAGACUGAGUUUGCUAGGUGUUGUGGGGGGCAGUGGACUGCUGGCAGGAGGGGGUGGCCUGGGGCUGGCCUCUUCUCCAGGAACUGUUUCCAGAGGACCUGGGCCCAGGACGUGAGCCCCGGCUGGCUUUCCGCGAGUCUCCCUGCCAGGCGAUGCUGCAGUAGCCCCUGACGGUGCUCCAUCCCAGCCCCAAGAAGAAGAGCCAUGGCUGGCCUGAACGGGCGCGCUGCGGCUGACCUGCUCUGGCUGCUGCUGCUGUGGAGCAUGGACGGUGGCUGCCAGGCCCAGCGGGCAGGUUGCAAAACCGUCCAUUACGACCUGGUCUUCCUCCUGGACACCUCCUCCAGCGUGGGCAGGGCGGACUUUGAGAAGGUGCGGCAGUGGGUAGCCAACCUGGUGGACACCUUCGAGGUGGGCCCCGACCGCACCCGCGUGGGGGUUGUGCGCUACAGCGACCAGCCCACCACGGCGUUCGAGCUGGGCCACUUCGGGUCGCGUGAGGCGGUCAAGGCGGCCGCGCGGCGCAUCCCAUACCACGGCGGGAACACCAACACGGGCGACGCGCUGCGCUACAUCACCGCCCGCAGCUUCUCGGCGCGCGCCGGCGGCCGCCCCGGGGACCGCGCCUUCAAGCAGGUGGCCAUUCUGCUGACCGACGGCCGCAGCCAGGACCUGGUGCUGGACGCUGCGGCCGCCGCCCACCGUGCCGGCAUCCGCCUGUUCGCCGUGGGCGUGGGCGCGGCGCUGAAGGAGGAGCUGGACGAGAUCGCCUCGGAGCCCACGUCCGCCCACGUCUUCCACGUGUCCGACUUCGACGCCAUCGACAAGAUCCGCGGCAAGCUGAGGCGGCGCCUGUGCGAGAAUGUGCUGUGCCCUAGUGUCCGUGUGGAAGGGGAUCGCUUUAAGCACACCAAUGGGGCGACCAAGGAAAUCACAGGGUUUGACCUGAUGGAUUUGUUCAGCGUGAAGGAAAUCUCAGGGAAGAGAGAGAACGGACAGCAGAGUUCCUACGUACGGAUGGGAUCCUUCCCCGUGGUGCAGAGAACAGAGGACGUAUUCCCCGAGGGUUUGCCUGAUGAGUACGCCUUUGUCACGACCUUCCGGUUCAGGAAAGCGUCUCGGAAGGAAGACUGGUACAUCUGGCAGGUCAUCGACCAGUAUGGCAUCCCGCAGGUCUCCAUCCGGCUGGACGGUGAGAACAAGGCAGUGGAGUACAACGCCGUGGGUGCCAUGAAAGAUGCUGUUAGGGUGGUCUUCCGAGGUCCCCAGGUCAGCGACCUCUUUGACCGGGAUUGGCACAAGAUAGCCCUGAGCAUCCAGGCCCAGAACGUGUCCCUGUACAUCGACUGUGCACCAGUGCAGACGCUGCCCAUUGAGGAGCGGGAGAACAUUGACAUCCAGGGCAAGACGGUUAUCGGCAAGCGCCUCUAUGACAGCGUGCCCAUUGAUUUCGACCUACAGCGGAUUGUGAUCUACUGUGACGCAAGACAUGCAGAAUUGGAGACAUGCUGUGAUAUCCCCUUGGGUCCGUGCCAGGUGACGGUGAUGACAGAGCCUCCACCUCUGCCUCAGCAGCCUCUCACCCCAAGCAGUGAGCAGCUUGGGUUUUUGAAGACCAUCAACUGCUCCUGCCCAGCCGGAGAAAAGGGUGAAAAGGGCUUGGAUGGCCCCGUGGGACUCCCUGGUCCAAAGGGAGACAUAGGAGCCACUGGGCCUGUUGGUGCUCCUGGACCCAAGGGAGAGAAAGGUGACAUGGGCAGAGGACCUUUUGUCCAAGGAGAAAAGGGAGAAAAGGGUUCUCCUGGCGCGCCCGGCCCCCCUGGGAGAGAUGGCAGCAAAGGCGUGAGAGGCGAGCCAGGAGAGCUGGGAGAGCCGGGACUGCCUGGCGAGGUGGGCAUGCGGGGGGCCCAAGGACCACCUGGACUGCCUGGACCUCCCGGACACAUUGGAGCUCCUGGUCUUCAAGGAGAACGAGGUGAAAAGGGGACUCAAGGAGAGAAGGGGGAGCGAGGCCUGGAUGGAUUCCCCGGGAAGCCUGGGCAGACAGGAGAGCAGGGACGGCCUGGCCCUCCUGGCACCGCAGGGCCUCAGGGACAGAAGGGUGACGUGGGGCCUGUUGGACCUCCUGGAGUACCGGGUUCUGUGGUGCAGAGAGAAGGCCUGAAGGGAGAGCAGGGAGCUCCAGGACCCAGAGGUCACCAGGGCCCACCUGGGCCUCCAGGAGCUCCGGGUCUCAUGGGCCCGGAAGGCAGGGAUGGACCUCCUGGUUUGCAAGGUCUCCGAGGGAAGAAAGGUGACAUAGGACCACCUGGAAUCCCUGGAUUGCUGGGGCCGCAGGGUCCUCCAGGACCACCUGGAGUCCCAGGCCCCCCUGGACCUGGAGGGCCCCCGGGUUUACCUGGAGAGAUCGGCUUCUCAGGGAAGCCUGGGCCUCCAGGGCCCGUGGGACCACCUGGAAAGGAUGGGUUGAAUGGACCACCAGGCCUGCCAGGAUCCAAGGGGGAGCCAGGAGGCAGAGGGGAGGAUGGUCUGCCUGGAAAGCCUGGCCUCAGGGGUGAAGUCGGGGAGCAGGGCCUGGCAGGCCGACCUGGAGAGAAGGGAGCAGCUGGCCUUCCUGGUGCUCCAGGCUUCCCGGGCUUGCAGGGAGAGAAAGGAGACCUGGGAGAAAAAGGCGAACUGGGACUUCCAGGACUGAAAGGCGACCGGGGUGAGAAGGGUGAAGCUGGUCCUGCAGGUCCCCCUGGGUUACCUGGAACUAUACCCCUGUUCACACCACACCCAAGAACACCGGGAGAACAAGGGCCAAGAGGAGAGAAGGGCGACCCAGGUGUGCCUGGGGAACCGGGACCACAGGGCCGUCCUGGAGAGCCAGGGCCUCAGGGACCCACAGGACCACCGGGUGCCAAGGGGCAGGAAGGCACGCUCGGGGCUCCUGGAACAACUGGAAAUCCUGGUGCUCCUGGACACAUCGGUCCCCCGGGCCCCAGUGGUCCCCCAGGAAGUGUGGGCUCUCCUGGUCUCAGAGGACCCCCUGGGAAAGAUGGGGAGCGUGGUGAGAAGGGAGCAGCAGGUGAAGAAGGGCGGCCUGGGCCAUCUGGCCCCAGGGGAGACCCGGGGGCUCCUGGGAUCCCUGGGCCACCUGGAAAAGGGAGAGACGGAGAGCCGGGGCUCCGUGGAUCACCUGGUCUGCCCGGCCCCCCCGGAACCAAGGGGGACCGUGGAGCACCCGGGAUCCCUGGCUCUCCUGGCAGCCGCGGAGACCCAGGCGCUGGGGUUGCAGGCCCUCCCGGCCCUUCCGGACCCCCAGGAGAAAAAGGUCCCCAGGGAUCGCGAGGCUUACCGGGAUUCCCUGGCCCCCAGGGCCCAGCUGGCCAGGAGGGUGCACCAGGAAAUCCAGGAGAAAGAGGCCCUCCUGGCAAACCGGGGCUCUCUUCACAACUGUCUCCAGAGGACAUAAAUCUCUUGGUUAAGGAUGUGUGCAACGACUGCCCUCCCGGCCCCCCAGGCCUCCCAGGGCUGCCAGGUUUUAAAGGGGACAAAGGUCUCCCAGGAAAGCCAGGGAGAGAAGGUACUGAAGGGAAAAAGGGAGAUGCUGGGCCUCCGGGCCCCCCAGGAUCCCCAGGAGCAGCUGGACCACAGGGAAGUAAAGGGGAACCUGGUGCAGAUGGUGAGGUUGGACAGAAAGGUGAUCAGGGUCACCCUGGAGUGCCAGGCUUCAUGGGCCCCCCAGGAAACCCUGGACCACCGGGAGCAGAUGGAAUUGCGGGAGCUGCUGGACCACCAGGAAUCCAAGGGCUACCUGGAAAAGAAGGCCCUCCUGGCCCCGAAGGCCCAUCUGGAAUACCUGGAAUCCCAGGAGAAGAAGGCAAAGAGGGCAGAGAUGGAAAACCUGGGCCCCCUGGAAAGCCGGGCACAGCCGGAGAGCCGGGUCUGCCUGGACCAGAGGGUGCCCGAGGCCCACCUGGCUUCAAGGGACACACGGGGGAUGCUGGCGCACCUGGCCCCCGGGGAGAGCCUGGUGCCAUGGGGCCUCCUGGCCGGGAAGGGUCACCAGGAAAAGAUGGUGAUACUGGACCUGCAGGGCCUCAGGGUCCCCAAGGACUGAGGGGCCCACCGGGUAAGAAUGGAUCCCCGGGAUCGCCAGGAGACCUUGGCCCUCCAGGAACCACGGGCCAGAAAGGAAGCAAAGGAGAAAGUGGCAGCCCUGGGCCCCCUGGUUUCCUGGGUCCCCGUGGGCCUCCGGGAGAACCAGGAGAGAAGGGAGUCCCUGGAAAGGAGGGGACCCCUGGGAAGCCUGGAGAGCCUGGAUCCAAAGGAGAACAGGGAGAUCCUGGGAUCAAAGGCGACAAAGGACCUCCAGGUGGGAAGGGCCAGCAGGGGGAGCCUGGAAUCCCAGGUCACAAAGGCCACACAGGCCUGAUGGGCCCCCAAGGACCGCCUGGGGAGAACGGACCAGCUGGGCCCCCAGGGCCUCCAGGCCAGCCAGGAUUUCCAGGCCUGAGGGGGGAGUCUCCAUCCAUGGAAACCCUGAGGCGGCUUAUUCAAGAAGAGCUCGGGAAGCAGCUAGAAACCAGACUCACCUAUCUCCUGGCCCAGAUGCCCUCAGCACACGUGAAGUCAUCUCAAGGAAGACCUGGACCCCCAGGACCCCCUGGAAAAGAUGGGCUUCCAGGCCGGGCAGGCCCCAUGGGGGAGCCAGGCAGACCUGGGCAGGGGGGUCUGGAAGGACCCAGUGGACCAAUCGGUCCCAAAGGUGAACGAGGAGUCAAAGGUGACCCGGGUGAGCCUGGAGUUGGCCUUCGAGGCGAGAUGGGGCCCCCUGGAAUCCCAGGCCAGCCCGGGGAACCCGGCUAUGCUAAAGAUGGACUCCCUGGGACCCCCGGCCCUCAAGGAGAGACAGGACCAGCUGGACAUCCUGGACCCCCAGGUCCACCUGGCCCCCCUGGACAGUGUGACCCUUCCCAGUGUGCCUACUUCGCCAGCCUUGCUGCCCGGCCAGGGAAUGUGAAGGGCCACUAGAAGAUUCCGUAAAACCAGAAGACUGCGGUGGACUGCUGAAACUUGAACUCAGAGCCUAAUGGGAAGCCAGAGGUCUUGAAACAUUUCAGACAUGUGUCUCUUUUAUUUUAUUUCUUUUAUCUUUUUUGUUUGUUUAUUUUCUUGAGAGACCUCAAAACUAUUAAAUCCAACAGAUGCUGCCGGUCAGUCAGAUUAUUAUGACUAUUAUUAUUGUUGCUAAUUAUUAUUAAUAUUAUUUCAUAUGUUAAUGCUUUGUGAGUUGUUUCCUGCUAAAGUUGGGAACACUUGAUUUGUGGAGCAGGAGAUUGUUUCUUCCUUCUUCUUUCAGCCUCCAUCUCAAAUGUCACUGCCCAUUUUAAGGAAACCGUUGGUGCUACAAGACCCUGACCAGAUGCUUGACAGAUUUACCUCUUUUCUCAAAAGAAAACUUUAGAAAAAUGAUGCAAUGGGCUUUGAUUCUCAGUCGUGCCCAGAGAUCACCCAGGGAGAAAUAAUCCAAAAACCACCAGUUUCCAGGAGAGGGACAUGGAGCAGGAAGGGAAAGAAUUUACGGCUGUGAAGAAGGUUCCAGCUCCUGAUGGAAAACGCGUGUGGAGAGCAGAGAACUGGACCUUAGGGAGCUCUCCACCUCCUCGACAGUUCCAGCUUGCAGAAGUGAAAUAACAGCUUUGUGAGAUCCCGUGUCUGGGCCAAAGAUGGGGAAGCCCUCACCAAAGAAGUGGCUGAGUGUUAUUUUGGCUUCUAAACAGUGGCCAGGACUUUAUUUUCCCUUUGUUGUUUUCAGUUUUGUUAAUUAUAAAACAAGAGGACCUAGUGGCCAUUCACUUUUGUUUCCCUAGUGGUGGGCAGUUGGCCAGGGCACUGACCACAAGUGGGAAUUCUGUGUCCCCAGGACCCCAUUUCUGAAUUAAAUCUCAUUGGUUGCAUGUGUGUGUGACAUGCUCUGCCCAAGUGCUCAAUAAAUCUGAGUUUCCUUCAAUUUGCUUUUU